CACUGGGCCUCUCCGAGGUUGCUCACCCCAGUUUGUGGUACUGCUGUGCAAUCCCACUUCUUGCUUGGGAUGCCCAUGCUGAAAUUCUCACCACGGCAUCGCGUCCUGCUCCUCUGCCUCGCGUUCGCGCGAGGUGCAAUCGCGUUGCAAGGCGCAGCCGCGUCCGCACACCAUCGUCCGUCGCCUUGCAGCAGCAGCAGCGGCAGCAGCGUCGGCAGCAGCGUCGCCAGCAGCGUCGGCAGCAGCGUCGGCAGCAGCGUUGGUCACGGCAGCAGCAGGCGGAGAGCCACGCCGUGGCUUCCGAACGCUGCCGCGACGCUCGCCAUCGCCUCCUCUUCGCUGCUGCUGCCUCCGGCGCCCGCGGCGCUCGCCGCCGACGUCGCCACCCGGACCGCGGCGGAGUUCUCCUCGACCGCCGGGUUUGAGGAGUUUGCGGAGCAGGGCGGCAAGAUGAAGGCGGACCCCUCGUGCUUCUUCAACCAGUGCAAGGAGCCGACCCAGGCGUGCUUCACCAACCCCGCCUGCCUCAAGGGCAUCACCUGCCUCGGCAACUGCCGCGGCGAGCAGCUCUGCGCGACGCAGUGCUUUGCGAGGUUUGGGUCGGAGAAGCUCAACGCCUGGCUCGCGUGCACACUCGAGGAGGAGGAGUGCGUCUCCACCGGCGUCCAGCAGGACACGCAGGCCUUCUACGCCAACCCGCCGCCCGUCGUCGGCUCGUUCAAGCCCUCCGACCUCGAGGGCAAGUGGUUCAAGGCGCAGCACGUGCUCGGCUACAACCCAAAGUACGACAACUACCCGUGCCAGUCCAACACCUUUACCGCCGCCGCCGACGGCGCGCGCACAACCGAGAUUGAGUCGAGAUUGAGGUCGCUCGACAACGACAUCCUCUUUCGCGUCCCUAAGCCGAGCGGCGCCGGCUCGUGGCAAAACAACUUCAAGGAGAAGCUCGUGGCGGGGGCGGGCCGCUCGGGCGGCGCCAACCUGGUGGUGGAGGGCAAGAUGUUCGGCCUCACCUUCCACGAGGACUGGUACCUCAUCGGCAAGGGCGACGGCUACCGCGUCGUCGCGUACCGCGGCGACACGCAGCAGGGGCCGUACGACGGCGCAUUCGUCUUUACGCAGCAGGCGGACGCGCUCGAGCGGCCGGGCGGGCAGAAGAUGCGCGCCGAGAUCGACGCGGCGAUGCGGAGCGCCAAGCUCGAUCCGGCGCAGCUCGCGCAGAUCGACAACUCGUGCCCCGCGGACGCGACGAGCGCGGGCGUCUCCGCGGCCGAGGCGUCCAAGGAGAAGCUCGAGUGGAAGGACGUCUUUGAGCUCACCGAGUGGUUCCGGCCGGGCACCAUCCGCAAGCAGGCCAAUUUUGACCCUGCAAAGAUGUAGCGACUAGCGUUGUGCGGUAGCCGCGGCGCCGCGCGGGCGGGCGAGAGAUGUCAGCCGGGCUGAGAAGGCGCCAGGCCCUCGUCUCACAUCUCGCGAUGGUCGACACGCAUGGGACGCAUGCCAAAAUUACGUUUGGUGCGCAAUAAUACACAUAUCACGUUCA